AUGAAAAAGCAAGAGGGUGGCUAUUAAUUACCUGAUGAUGAACAGUAUGAAGACGAAGAAUUUGAAGGCUAGGAUCCUAACAUGAAUGUAAAUCAGAUGGAUGAUGAAGACGAUGAAGCCGAAGAAGAGGACGGCAAUAAUAAUGAGGGAGGGGAAGAUGAAGAAGAUGGGGAUUAAAGAAUGACUCCUGGAAAUGCUGCUAAUGGUUACGACAAUAUCGAAAUGAAUUAGAACUUCUAGUACCCUAUUUUGCCUAUGAAUGGGUUAAUAAGACCACAAACAGCAGCGCAUCCAUAAUUUUCACAAGGAAGGCUUCGACCUAACAGUGGGAAAAGCCAGGAAAUGCAACUUCAGAUGCAAAUGCAAAGUCAAUAAACAUAGCAGCAUUUGCAAAAUUUCUAACCAUAACCUUACACAUCAAAUCAAUAGCAGUCUCCAAUAACUUUAAAUGCUUGGAGUAAUCCUCAAAUGCAGAUGUAGCUAUUAUAAUAGCAGUAACAGAUGCUAAUGCAACAGUAAUAACAGUAGAUGGCUUACACUUAAAUGUAACAGUAUUAAUAGCCUCUUGGAACUGGUGGAGUUGGUGGCUUUUUCCAAUAGAAUUCCACUAAUCUUAACAAUAUCAGUUUCAAGCGAAGACCAAAUACUGGUACUCGAAAAAAUCAUCUAUUCCAGUUUGGUUUGCCAAAGAAAAGUUUGGCUCUUAAGAAUGGUCCAAGUAUUAUGGAUUCUGAGAUGAGUAGAAUGCGAGUUCAAAUCAUGGAAUAGGAACUCAAUAAGAAAGAUAGAUACAUAGAUGAUCUUAUAAGUCAGUAAGAUUCCUAUUAGAUUGGUGGUGUAGGAGGACCAAUAAUUUAGAACAGCAAAGUCGCUUCAAUAUAAAAACCAAAACUUGAAAAUCACUUGACUCUCAAUCUAAAGCGAAUAGUGAGGGAACUCUAGUUAACAAUUGACAAGAAAUAGGAUGAAAUCGAUAUUCUCAAGAAAAACUUCAAAUCAACUAAGCUAAAUGAAAUGGAAGUUGAACUGUAAGUAUAUAUAGACGAAUGCACAAGAAUGAGACAUUAAUUAGAGGAGGUAAUUAAAAGUAAAGACACAUUUGCAGAUCCAGAAGAAUUAAAAGUUAUAGAGGAGAAAUUCUAACAACAAGAGAUCAUUAUAGCAUAGCUAAGAAAUGAAAACAACUAAUUAGCUCUUGCUUUUGGACAAAAAGAUUAGGAGGCCUUAUCUCUAAGAGAACUAGUAAAUGAAUACGAAAAGAAGUCGAAGCUUUAAAAGCUAGGUCAAAGCAAAGAUAAUAUGAAAGUCAAAAAACAGCUGAAAGACAGAGAAAGAGAUUUAAAAUCACUGAGAGAUCAAGUUAACCUACUUAAAAUUCAAAAUGAAGAGCUUAAGAAUAAAUUAGACGAUAAUGGCAAAAAAGGUAUCCCUAAUAACUAUUCAAACAAACCCCAAGUUAGUUCUUCAAGUGUCCCAUCUACUAUUAACAAUGUCAACAGUCUAAGCACUAACUAGAAUAGUGGUAACAAUGAUACUGAAGUCAAGAGACUAAGACUUGAAAUUGAGCAAAGAGAUUCAAAGCUAAAAGAGCAAAGCACUUUAGUCUAAAAUUUAUAGUAAAAAUUGCAAGAAAAAGUUUAAGAACUUGGCAAGGAAUCCUAGGAGAAAGAGAAGUUUAGGGGUCUGUAUGAGAAAUAUCAGGACUUGGUUGUUUAAUUACAAACCUAGCUUGAAGAUGGUGGUGUCUCUGUUCCCAAAAAAUAAAACUCCACUAUAUAAAAAUCCAAUCCAGAAUAGUAACAAAAAUCUAUUCAUGAUACAAAUAAGAGCCAGCAAGAUCAACUUAAAGCUUCUUAGAAAUCAGUAGAUAAACUUCCAAAGGUUGAUCCAAGUAAAUUAAGUUAAACUAUCUUAGCACUGAAGCUUAAACUGCAAAGUAAGGCUUUCAAGUAUGAACAGCUAAAGGAUUUCUUCUUCAAACCCUACUAGCCAGAAAAUGAUGUCAGCAUCAAAUUUUUAAGUGAAAUAUUUGACAGCAACGGAAUCGAAGACAAGUAAUCCCUACUGUUAGCUAGAUAUCUCAUAGAACCAUCAGAUUAGUCUUAAGUGAUCUAUGACGUUGAACUAUCCAAGAAAUAAAAACUGAUUGUAACCUCACUGUCAAAGAUGAUUGGUUAGUACCAGAUAUUCAAUGAUCAGACAGUGAUCAAGUAAUAUCAAGAACGCAUCGCCAAAGCCUUACAGCCUUGCAAAGAGUCUUUUAAAGAGUGUCUCUAGAUGGAGGAUUAUGAAGAAGAGGGAAUUCUUUCUAUUGGAUAAAUUAAGGAAUGCUUUGAGACUCUAGAAUUACUAAGUGAUGAUUAAAUUAAUGAAGAGUUAUUUGAUUACCUUGUUUUCGUUCUCUACCAAAAAAGUGAAGGUUUAGAAAAGCUUAGCUACCCUUUGUUGUUUGAGCUUAUUGAGGGUAAAUUGCUUUUGAAUUAAAUGAGUGUUGGAUCUGAAGGAGUGCAAUCUAGAAAGAGACCUGAGAGCAGCUCUCCUCAGAAGAUCAAAGCCAGGAACAAGGGAAAGCUUGAAGAAGAGGCAAAGUAGAAGAAAGAAACAGCUAAGAUCAAGAAUGAAGAUGAAUAGGAAGAGAACUAUGAAGAGGAGUUUGAGCAAUUGCUUGAUAAAGAUGACGAAGACAAUGACAAGAGUCCGACAGUCGACAGAAAAGCAUAAGCUAAGGUUGCUGAAUCAGAAGAUGAGGAUGAAGACCAUUCAAUCUUUAAACUCUAAGAUGUGAAAUCAUUGAAGAAUAUGAGAAAUGAAGAUAACGAUUAGGAAGAUGAAGAUUAAGAAUAAGAUGAUGAAGACGAUAAUAGACAAGAAAAGGGACAAGUGAAGGUUUAGGAUUAAUAGCAGUAAAACGAUGAAGACUAGGAGGAAGAUAACUACGAUGAGGCAUAAGAUAAUGAGGAGAUCAAUGAGGAGCAGAUGCUUGAUGUGGCUGAGCGAUGCUUUGUAAGGAUUGCUGAGGCCAUCAUCAAGGCAGGACUCUCUGUAAGAGAUAGUUUUGCAAACUUCCUUAUCGUAGAAAGAAUUGAAGAUCAGGUAAUUGAGCUACUUAGUCCUAUUGGAUUUUUAGAAGGAGUCAAAGAUCUUGGAAUAACUGAUCUAGAGGAGUUGGAAGUUGCAUGUCUUAUGAGAGUAUUGACUAAGGAAAAGUUGGAUAAUGCUAUAAUGCUAAAAGAAUUGAUUGUAAUUAUGGAGAACUUCGGAAUUCAAGAUGAUGAAGGUUAGGCUGAAUAUCAUGAAGAGCACUCCAUAGAAAACGAGAAUGAAAUGAGUCCAAACCCAAGUCAAAGUAAUGCUAAUUCCAGUCCUGAUAAAGGUGGUGACUCAAACAAGCCAAAGAAGAAAAAGAAGAAGAAGGAGGAAGGAGGCUUAGAUCUAAACCAGCUAGACAAAAAAUCAAUAAAGAUUCUAGCAAAGCUGAUAUUGGCUCUUAUGGAACUGAAUGUAUCACUUUAUGACUUCUUCGGAGGAGCAAUCUAUGAGUAACAGGUUAAGACCAAGUCGAAGUAAAAUAUAGUGGAGCUUAUUAAUGCCAAAGACUUCUUCAGGUACCUAAGAGAUCAAGGAGUCAGAAAGAGAGACACUCCUCAUCAGAAUCUGCAACUGUUCCUCUGCUUAGAUCCUAACUACUCUCAUCUCCUUAUGCUUAAGAAGAUAGCCAGAGCUUUGGACAACAUGGCUAAGAAUGAAGAAAUUAUGGCAAACAUUCUAGCUGAUGUGGAUAAUGGGGACUUAGAAGCUGCUGUACACCCAGAAAAUGAAAUCUAGCAGCAGUAAUUGUAGCAGUAGAUCUAGAAUGACAAGUAAGGCGAAAGACUCGGCACUAUUGGAGAAGAUGGAGAUGAAGAUCUACAAUAGCAUACCAAUAAGAACUAGGGUUCUCAGUCCAUGUAGAAUAACAUCCCGAACUAUGAAGAGUUAGAUGACGAGGAACUAGCAAAUCAAAUUAAGCAUGAUAAUGAAGAGAAUAGCUAAGAUGAAGAAGAAGAGAACUAUGAGAAUGAGGAGAAUAUCCAGAAUGACUAUGGGUAAGUACCCACUGAAAUUGAAGCCAGAUAAAGACAUCUCCAAUAGCAAUAAGAAGAUAAUGCAGAUUAGGAAGAAGAGUAUGUGGGCGAUGAUGUUGAGCCAGAGCCUAUUUCAAAAGAAUAAGCACAGCGUUAAGGCCAAGGAGACUCACAGAAUUAUGACGAAGAUGAUAUCAAUGAGGAUUUAUGA